ACAGUGAUUUUAGUGGACUAUGCUUUAGUUGCUUCUAUGGAUUAUGCAACAGCAAUGAACGCAGUACCAUUUGUUGCUGACGAUAUCAUCGCUUUGAUAAUCCAACUGGAGGCUGCCAACAAGAUUGAUCGUAGCCUGGUUCAUAUUGUGGGCUUUGAUAUUGGAGCACACAUUGCUGGACUUGUUAGCAGAGAUUCGCGUGCUCGAGUUCAGAGAAUAACUGGUUUAUCUCCCGCCGGGGAAAAUUGGGAUUCCUUUUCCCGUCGUUUACGAGCCACCGACGCUAAUUACGUCGAGGUCAUCCACACCGAUUACACAGGCUCGAGGGCUUUUGGCAUUAGCGAGACAAUUGGUACAGUGGAUAUAUUCGCUAACACUGGCACAAGUCAACCAGGCUGUUCGAACAACCAGUGCAACCACGACCGGGCCUGGCAGCUGUUUGGGGCGACACUGGACAUGGGUGGCCAUUUGGUGGGCCUUCGAUGUGAUUCUCUUACGGACAUGACCAGAAAUCGAUGUGUCGGUGCUCCCGCUGUUUCCUUGGGUACCAAUGAUUUAUUUAAACUGGGAACUGGAAUUUACCGGGUCAAUACGGGCAGAGCGUACCCGUACAACCCCUGAGAAGUUUCGAGAUUUAUUAACAUUGUUCCAAAUUGUUAUAAUAAAUGUUAAGUGCCCAAUGUUGUCUUUCAUUUAUGGUUAAGAUGAAGAUAAAUCAAAAUAUUUGUCAAGUGCAUAUUAGAAGUCUUCAGAGUAAAUCCUAAAUGCGGAAGUAACGAUGUCUGCCUGUUACCUUUUCUCCAAACCACUGAACCGAUAUAUAUAUUAUGAAUCGAUAGAGACGAAGAUAAGUUGAGUCUUGGAGAAGGAUAUAGGAUAGUCUUUAUCUUGGAAAUCAUCCCUCCAUUCACGCGGCCGCUCUCACUCGGCUCGAUUCGGAAAAUGAAUUAGAUCUCUACUAGACCUCAACAAGUUACGAUAUGGAUAAUUUAAAGAUAUUUGUAAGAUAGAUAUGUCAAAUUUGACGUUUCCGCGAUUCUGGAGGUCCUCUUGAACGAUUUCGACAAGUUAUGACUUAGAUAUCCAAGUCACAUCUAGUUGAUAUCUAAUGUAAAUCUAGUUGAUCUCUAUACCGUCUCUAGAUCUUGUGAUUAUCUCGUUUCCCGAAUACGCGUGACUGUCAAUUUCUGUGACAGUCGACGUUUACUGCGGACAGAUGACCA